UCAAAAGUCGUUGGCGCGAGACACGAAGAAACGGCGAGUCGAGCCUGUUCAGAGAAUCAGAAAAAAAAAAGCAAAAAGAGAGAGAGGGAGGGAAAAAAGAGCGAGAAUGACGUGAUUUGAACGCGUGCCCAAAAAUCCUUAAUGAAUAACUUCGGAGGCGCGCGAGGCUGAACGCCGGCCCAGCUGUUUCCUGCUCCAUGUGUGCAAUGUUCGAUAAAUGUGAGGGAUUUUCUGUCUAAAUCCGUCUCCUGUUCGCUAAAUCUCACUUCUCUCCAAAACGAGCGUGCGCAAUGGAACCAAAGUGGCAAUGUUGAGAUGUGACAUUGGCCCCCGGUGCGCGCAUCUCGUCCGCUUUUUCUGCCCCGCUUCUUGUUCUUCCUUCCUUCCUUCCUUCCUUUCUCCUCCUCCUCCUCCUUAUCUUCUUCUUUUUCCCUUCUUUUCUCCGUUUUUUAAUGACUUGAAACAAGUUGACUUCACGCCGGCUUUUUUUUUUUUUUUUUUUUUUGGUUGCUUGCGGAGACCCGCGGGGAUGUCCUGCGCUCUUUCCUCCCCCCGGUGGCAUUUAUGGGACGUCCUCAAGAAUGCGAUGUGCUGGAUGUCCCGUAGCCACACCCUCUCACUACUGCUGUGCGUCCUUAGCCUGACUCCGGCGGCCUCAGGGGCGCGGCCAGAGACGCUGUGCGGGGCGGAGCUGGUCGACACGCUGCAGUUUGUGUGCGGAGAGCGGGGCUUUUAUUUCAGUAAGCCGACCGGCUAUGGCCCCAACGCCCGGCGGUCGCGGGGCAUUGUGGACGAGUGCUGCUUCCAGAGCUGCGAGCUGCGGCGGCUGGAGAUGUACUGCGCGCCCGCCAAGACCAGCAAGGCCGCCCGCUCGGUGCGCGCCCAGCGCCACACGGACGCGCCCGGGGCCGCCAAGGUCGGCGGGGGCGGCGCCGGCGCCGGACACAAGGCCGACAGGGGAGCGGACCGCCGGGCGGCCGCGCCGGCAGACAAGGCAAAAAACAAGAAGAGACCUUUACCCGGACCCGGUCACUCAGCCUUUAAGGAAGUGCAUCUGAAAAACUCAAGUCGAGGUAACACCCCAGGCCGAAACUACCGAAUGUAGGCGAGGAGAGAAGGCCGUGGCCUUCCGCGAACCGCCCCCCCCCCUCCCCUUCCUUCCCCCGCUGCCCCCCGCCCCCGCCCCCCAAACGGUUGUCCGUAAACCACGCCGGCAACGUGACGAAAGGAUGGAGGGAGGGACGCCGCAGCAUCCGAUAUGCGGAUCCGUUCUUUGUAAAAGCGACGCCACGGACGCUCGUUUAGCUGCUACCACACAAGUCAGUCGGCGGACAAGAAACAUUUCCAAUUCACCCAUCGAGCAUCGCAGAGUUUUUUUUUUUUAAACAAAACCCUAAAAACCGAGGUGGCUCAUAGUCGGAUAUUUAACGCAGAUAGCUUUUUUUUUUUAAUCCACGACUUUCAGGUGCAGUGAUUCAAACACUGACGACAGACCUGUAGAGCAGCGGUUGUCAAACUUUUUGGGAUCCGGGAUCA